AUGCCUCUAAAUUAUUUCGCCAACCAGGACCAGACAGCUUCAGACACGUACGCGCACGAAGCAAGCUCUUUUCCUGCUCCAUCGUCGAUCUUGACGGACACCUCCAAGCCUCUCCAACCCGUGCAGGAGGUUGCUGCGAGCUCGCUUGUCGACGGCGUCAGCUUCACGUCUCCGCACGCCUCGAUCAUCCACGCGUCCAAGCAGUCCCCCCGUGCUGCUUCCAGCCUUAGCUUCACCACAUCCGCUCUCCAACGCGCUGGCUUGCUUCCCGCCAACCCCAACAUGUCUACCACAGCUACCUCAGGCACUUCGGCUGCAUCCGAAAGCCUUCAAAGGGUCAUUACCCAGGGCACUGCUUCCGCUGCUGCCAUCAAUGGCGCUUCUACCCCUGCUCAUUCCGGUCCCUUGACACCUGCCCAUCUCAAGAACUUGACCCCAGCGCAGGCCAACGCUGCCCUCCAAAAUCCUGUCGGCAACAUUCCUACCGUCUACCUCGCUACGUACUCCAACGUCCCCGUCUACGAGAUCACCGUCCGUGGCAUCGCCGUUAUGCGUCGCCGUGGAGACGGCUGGCUAAAUGCUACUCAGAUCCUUAAAAUCGCCGGCAUCGAAAAGACGCGACGUACAAAGAUCCUUGAAAAGAGCAUCCUCACUGGCGAACACGAAAAGAUCCAGGGAGGCUACGGCAAGUUUCAAGGUACCUGGAUUCCUCUGCAGCGGGCACAACAAGUCGCCGCCGAGUACAACGUCUCGCAUCUCCUCCAGCCCAUCCUCGAAUUUGACCCUGCCACUGCCGACCAGAUCCCCAAGCUCUACCAGCGCAAGAAGCCAGCCGCGUCGGCACGCAAUUCGUCGGCUUCGGCCAUCAACGAUGCAAGAGGCUCGACUCCUUCCAAAAUCUACUCGCCGGCUCCUGCAAGCCUUGGCGGCCCAAGCCAGCAGCCUCGCUUCCUCUCAUUGCGCCCGCCUAAGGAGACCCACGAGCAAGAAAUCUCUUCAGCGAUCUUCAUGCCACCUGGCACCGCCGGCCUUCUAUCCAACGGUACCUUUGUCGACGAUCGUGCAGCGUCAGCGUUAGCCUAUCCCGGCCCUCCUGCCAUCCCACCCGGUUCCACUCCGGCAGAGCAGGCCGCCCUUCGCAGCUACAACGUCUAUGGCUACACGCCUCAAGGCGUGCCACUCCCGUCCUCGGCUGCGGCAGAUGGCAACGGCACUGAAGCCGCCGCCACAGCUGCCUCGACCGGGGCUGGCAAACGAGAGGCCUCCGAAACCGAUCAGGACGGUGCCUCGGCGGCCAAGCGUUCGCGAUUGACCAGUCCGCAACAGCAAAGACGAGACGACGGUCUCUUGCUUGGCCCUUCCCCCGUCAAAGACCUCAACGCGCUCGGACCUGCCGGCGGUUCUCUACGUGCUGCCUCGGCACCUCGCGGCCACCGCAUCACUGUUGGUCCUCCCGACGCAGCCGGUCGGGAUGGCGCUGUGCCUCGCUACGCUGAUCGCGCCCUUCCCCCCAAGCCGUACGAUGAGGGCGAGAAGCGCAUGCGCGAUCGCCUCGUCAGCCUCUUUUCCGACGAUGGUGUGUUGCCGGGCGUCAGCGAGGCCACCGGCGCGGGCGCAUCUCAGUCUGCGGCGGACGAAGACGACGACGCUUACGUCGCCAAGCUCGACAGCUUGCUAGCUGAUCUACGAGAAAAGGCAAGCCUUGGUGGCCUCGGCGCAAGUGGCACCGAUGGACCCAAGGCCACGGUGGAUCUCAUCACAGACGACCACGGUCAUACUGCUUUGCAUUGGGCCUCUGCUUUGUGUCGUGUCAAGCUUGUGCGAACGCUGGUGGCGCGACCUCCAUGGCAAGGCGGAGCCAACAUCCAUGCUGGCAACCACGCCGGUGAGACGGCUCUCCACCGAUCUGUGCUGGUCACCAACUCGUACGACGCCUCGUCCUUCCCUACACUGCUCAACUUGCUCUCGUCCUCGCUUAACACUCGUGAUUUCAAGAAGCGCACCGUUCUGCACCAUAUUUCGCUCGUCGCUGCUCUCAAAGGCCGCGCCGCAUCAGCGAGGUACUAUCUCGCCUGCGUCCUCGAACACAUUAGUGCCGAAAAGAACUCCAAGUACAAGGGCCUUAUCGAUGCACAGGACGAGGAUGGCGAGACUGCACUGGGUAUUGUCGCACGACUGGGUAAUGCCAGCAUGGUGCGUAUGCUCCUCGAUGUCGGCGCACGCAAGGACCUUGCCAAUGCGCUUGGUAUUCGUCCCUCCGACUGGGGCAUUGAGUCGAGCGCCGAUGGUGCUUCGCUAACGCCAUCACAGAAUGAUGGCACAAACACCGUCGCGUCGCUGCCACCACUGACUGCAGCUGAUCUAGCAUCGCAGAACCCGUCCGACAUUAUCUCGGCACUAACUCGCCCGGCACAAGUGCCAGUGAUGAAGAGCUCCGACGUGCGCGAUCAGCUCAGCUCGACGCUCGACGAUCUUCAGUCUUCGUUUGAGCGCGAACUCAAGGAAAAGCAAGAUGCCGUCUCGACGGUCCAGAGUCAUUUGCAGGCUGCUACUCGAGACCUCGCAGCACGUCGUAAGACGGUCUCUGCUGCACAAGCCAAGCUCGCCGAGAAGGACGAAGCUCGUCAACGUGUCCAGAAUCUGCGUCGUGCCAUCGUUGCGCAACUUGGUUUGGAAGAGGCGGAUGCUGACUUGAGUUUGGAACAGCUCGUAGAAGAAGCUGCCAAUGCCGCUUCGGCAGCUCCAGCAGACAAGUCGGCAGAUAAGAUGGACAUUGACGGUGCUGAAGAUGUCAAGCCUGUUCGUGCGUCUAAUCUUGAAACCCUCAUCGACGACAUAUUAUCGUUUGACACGAUUCAAUCCGAUCUGAAAGCGGUCGGCACCUCUGCUGUGACGCAAGAGGUGGUCGAGCAAGACGAGUUGGUCCGUCUGCGCUGGCUCGUGUCUUUCUAUCAGUCCAGCUGCGACGAACUAUCCUCGACGAUUUCCGAACUGGAAGACUCGAGCGCGAAGAAGGAAUCGCAAUGCCAACAAGUCGUAGCCAUCUGCGCCAAUAUCCCGCAGGACAAGGUGGAGUCGAUGCUCGACGAGUUGCUUACCGCAAUGGAAAGUGAUGGUCCCGAUGUCGAUCUGGCUAGGGUGGCCAACUUUAUGCAGAAGGUGGGGAAGACGCGUGAGAAUGGAGACCAGCCAGGUGUGGGAGCGCAGCUCAGCUCGUCGACGAGUCUCAGUACGGCUGUGUCGAGUGGCGGAACUGCUGCAAGCAGCGUUGUGCCUGCGGUCGAGCGGGAUGGUGAAGACGCCAAGCCUGACGCCUAG